GUCGUCCUCUUCUCUUUCUCGUCACUGAAUGUUCUUGGCACUCAACAGGCAUGAAAUUGGCAUUUAGAAGCAUUCACUGACAUCAUUUAUUUAUUUAACAUAUUUUUAUACCUCCCAAAAUUUACGUCUCUGGGCGGUUUACAAUGUAAUAAUGUAGCUAAAAUACUGGGAGAGAUGCACCAGCAAGAUGGAUAAAAUCCAUUAAAGCAAUCUUCCCGCUCAAAUUCCUGGACAUUUGUUGUCCAGGAUGACACUUUUCCUACAUCCUGAGGGGAGGAGUCAAAAUGGCUCCCUGGUAACAGCUUGGGCAGAGAGCGCCAUGGCUGUUUGGUUGUUAUUCUCCUCCCAUUUUUCUGUUACUGUGUCUGGAAUUAUCUCAAUAUCUAGAGUUGGAUAACUAACUUUUGAGUCUGCCUGCCGUUGAAAUUGGGAUAUUUAUACUGAGGAGAAUGACUCAACUAUUUAGGUAGAAUGGGCUUGAAGAAACAGCCACACACACUUUGCCAGUGCAGGUGGGUCUCAAGGCUGAGAAAGAAAGAAAACAGCUAAAAUUAGAUUAAUUUCUAUCUGGCAAAUAAAAAUAUGGAUCAGAAAACCAAGGACAGAUUCUCUGAAAUAAGUGAGUUGAAAGUGGAGAAGAAAGUUUAAUAUCUGGGGCUCUGGUUAUCAAAUAACAACUCCUUGUUGUUCAUAAACAACUAUGUUAAAAUAUGGAAUUCAGUGAAAAUUGAUCUACAAAGAUGGUCUAAAAUGAAUUUGUCUUUAAUGGGAAGAAUUUCAGUGGUGAACAUGAAUGUCCUGCUGUGACAUGUGUAGCAUUAAUAGAAAGCUGCUUUGUAAUUGCUUUGUAGAAAGUGUGUUUGCAAGUCAGUGCCUCUGUGGGAUGGAAAAGUACAGACCAAACGAAAGUGUUGGGUCAGCUAUCUGCCCAGAGCAGAAUAAGUGGGGGUUUGCAGCAGCGGGGAGAGAUAGGCUCCCCUGAAUAGUAACUGUAUUGUUCUAGGAAUGUGAAGGCUUCUCCUAUUAAUUAAUUAUCUCUCUGCUGUGAAAUAGAAACUUAGAAACUUAGAGCGCAAAGUCCAGCCUCUAUGCAAGCAUAUGUACGAAUGUAAUGAACUGAUUGGUUCUUUGGGGCUGAAUGUUGAUGCCUAGGGGUGGAGGAAAAUCUUUAUAAACUCUUGUUAGUCUGUAAGAGGUACGCUCCUUGGACUUUUGCCAAAAGGCACCAGGGGUCGUCCUCAGCGCUGAGAAAUAAACCUUUGUCUCUUUCACUAUCCGUGUCAAUGGUCAUUUGCUCAGAGACUUUACAAAAUCUCCCAUGGAAGAAUGUAGAGGCACCAGCAUUAGACAACUUAUACAAAAAAAAUUUCCUCAUGACAAAAACCCAAAUAAUCUUGCUGGGAAAACUACACAAGAUUGAUGGCAAAUUGGAUGGAAUGAAAAAAGGUAAUCGGUGGAUGUGUGGAGAAUCUAAACAGCCAGAGAGUGCCUUCGUGUGGAGGAGUCAAUAGGCUAUGAUGACCUGUGGUCACAACAAUCAACUUAUUACUACUAUUUACUGCAUCCUGGACUGUCCAGGCCAACCUUGGACACGUGGUGGCAACCCUCCUGGCUCUGGUAUAUCAGUGUUCCAUUGUGGAUGUCAGGCUUCAGCUGCAGAUGGGCCCAAGGCCAGACCCUGACAAGUUUGAAGACCUAUUUUGAAAAAUUACCAGUGCAUCCUGGCCUUGGCGUUUGCAGUCAAUGAGCUCAACAAGUAUCCAGUUCUCCUCCCCAACUUAACUAUGGGGUUACGUGUCUAUGAAGACAACUAUUAUGCAGGAAAAUCCUAUCAGGACACACUGUCUCUGCUCUCUGCAGGCAAGCAAUUCAUUCCUAACUACCAGUGUGACAGACAGGGCAAGUUGGUAUCCAUCAUUGGGGGCCUGGAUUCCAAAAUUUCAAAGCAGAUGGCAACUAUCUUGGGAGUCUUCAAGAUCCCACAGAUUCAUGCUUCUUUGGCCAACAUCCACUUCAACAAUGGCGCUGGAGAAGAAGUGUCUUUUUCAGAAAAACAGAUGAAGUUUUCUGGGUUUGACAUUUUGAACUGGAUCGUCUUCUCCAAUAGCACUCUGGCUCGACGUAAAGUUGGCUGGACAAAUCCAAAACCAGAUUUCAACAUUAACACUGAUGCCAUUUUGUGGCCUAACCAGACACUACCUUCUUCGCGCUGUGUAGAGUAUUGCCAUCCAGGGCAGAGCAGAAAUGUCCUAGAGGAGAAACCAGUUUGUUGUUAUGAAUGUGCCCCUUGUCCAGAAGGGACAUUUUCUAACCAAACAGAUGCAGUUCGCUGUGACGAGUGCCCAGAAGAUCAAUACCCAAACCAGAACCAAGACCAGUGCAUCCCCAAGAAUAUCCACUUCCUCUCGUAUCAAGACACACUGGGGUCCGUUUUGGCUUCUCUUGCCUUUCUACUGUCUCUGAUCACAUGUUUGGUGCUGGCCAUCUUCAUCAAAUACCAGGACACACCCAUUGUCAAAGCCAACAACCAAGACCUCACUUACAUCCUCCUCAUCUCCCUCCUGCUCUGCUUCCUCUGCUCCUUCCUCUUCAUCGGUCAACCCAGGAAGGUCACCUGUCUUCUUCGACAAACUGCUUUUGGUAUGGUCUUCUCUGUUGCUAUUUCUUCUGUGCUGGCAAAAACUCUCACUGUGGUCCUGGCCUUCAUGGCCACCAAGCCAGGAAACAUGGCAAGAAAAAUACUGGGCAGACAGCUGACAAACUCCAUUGUCGUGGCCUGCCCCCUAAUUCAAGUUGUAAUAUGUGCUGUGUGGCUAGGAACCUCUCCCCCCUUCCCAAAUUUGGACUUCUCUUCUCAGAAAGGCGAGAUCAUAGUGGAAUGUCAUGAGGGCUCGGUCACCAUGUUUUAUGCCGUCCUGGGUUACAUGGGCUUCCUGGCCCUCGUCAGCUUCACGGUAGCUUUCCUUGCUAGGAAACUGCCAGACAGCUUCAAUGAAGCCAAGUUUAUCACCUUCAGCAUGCUUGUGUUCUGCAGCGUCUGGGUCUCCUUUAUGCCAACCUACUUGAGCACCAAGGGGAAAUUCAUGGUGGCCGUGGAGGUCUUCUCCAUCUUGGCCUCCAGUGCUGGUCUCCUGGGCUGCAUCUUUCUCCCUAAAUGCUACAUCAUUCUUCUGAGGCCCAAUCUCAACAGCAGAGAGAGUCUAAUAAAGAAAAAGAAUCAGAGGAUCUAGUACAUGGGAUGAUUUACUACUGCUGGAGGAAGAGCAGGUCAUAAAUACAACAACUUCCAAUCAAUAAAUCAUAAUUCCCUAUGUGUUUUCCCCCCUAUUAUAGAUAUUGUAAGAUUUAUCCAGGAAGAAAUAUGAUAACCCUAAAUAAAUAAAUAAAUAAAUAAAUAAAUAAAUAAAUAAAUAAAUAAAUAAAAACCCUCAAAAAACACCUGGGAUGAGGUAAGGAUAGCUAUCAGUUAAACUAUUACAAACAUGCCUAUCACCAGAAGGGACAUAUAUUAACAAUUUGAAAGAAAGAAAGAAAGAAAGAAAGAAAGAAAGAAAGAAAGAAAGAAAGAAAGAAAGAAAAUUCAGCAGAGUGGUACCAGAGUGGUACAUCACAGACAGCUAUCAACACCAACAGGCAGUAGCAACAUGGCUACCAUCACUUUGGCAUUAGCUUGCUAGAUUUAGGAUGUUUCAUUAAAGUUGGUGCAGUAAAGUUGCCACCGGCCCGUCUGGUGGCUACUCAGGGACGGGCCUCGCCUUCUCCAUUGCUGCCCCGAGGCCUUCGGAAGAACACACUUCCUGCUGAAAUAAGAGCCUCCCCAUCUCUUACAACUUUUUAAAAGGCGAUCAAGAUGCAUUUGUUCACUCAGGCUUUUUAUUAGGGAUGUGCGUUUUGUUUUGGAUACAAAACGUUUUGUGCACAAAACAGGCCAUUUCGGCUGUUUUGUAGCCAAAACAAAAUACCCAAUGCUCAAAACAGAAAAUUUUGUAGCCAAAACAAAACAUCCCUGUUUCGGAUACAAAACAUUUUGUUGUUUCGGCUGUUUGGAACUCCAUUUUGCAAACGUAAAAUGUCUUUCUCCUUCAGUCUCCAUUUUGAGUUUGACACCUGUUUGAAUUUCCAGCCUUUCCAGCCUGCAGAUUGGCCAGCGAAAGGAUGGGCUGAUCUGCUGGCAAUUGGCUCCUUAUUCCUUUUAAGCAAAUUUAAGGGUAAAUUUUACCCUCAUUGGCCAGUGGGGCAGUGUGCAUUUCAUUGUUGUUGUUUCACACUGUUGUGUGUAGAUCAAUUGCAUUUCGGGUGUUCGGGUGGAGGGGAUGUGGAUGUGCAUGACCUUUGGAAAUCUGCCUGAUUUUUUCCAAAGCUCUGCUGCUGUUAAUGUGUGAUGUUGAUGUUAUUUGAGGUGGAUUCAGGGCAGAAAGGGGGAUUUGGGGGCAGAAGAGUAGUUCAGGUGGUAGUGCCCCAAUGGGUGCCUGCUGCCACCCAGAUUCCAAAGGAAUUGGGAAAAGGGCUGAUUUUAAAAGAAUUUCUGAAGUUGAGAUGUCUUUGGGGCAGAUUCGGGGAAGAAAGGGGGCCUGAGGUGGGAAACAGUGGGUUGGGUGGCACUGCCCCAAGGGGUGCCUGCCACAACCCAGAUUCCAAAGGAAUAGGACAAAGGGCUGAUUUCUUAGGAAUUGUUGAAGUUUACGCUUCUUUAAGGUCCCCCCCCCAGGGAAUAAUGGAGGUUUCAGCAGACCCAUAACUUCACCUGGGGGGCACUGGGGUGGCCAAGAGCGAGUGG